GUUUGACGCGCACAAGUGAAUGGUCUCUUCUGCAAACCGCCAAAGAUCUCUCCGCAUCCACAAUUCUGCAUUGCACAGUGUCUUGUGGUGCACGAAAUAUCAUUAAUAAACAAACUCACCCAGCGAAGUGAAAAUAAAGGCAAAUUGCCGCGAAAGAGUGGGUAAAAGUGGUGGAUUUUUCUCAAUUCGCGUGUGUCGCGCGGUGCACCAGUGAAAUUUUGCACCUACAACCAUGGAUAUUUUCCCAUCGGAGGCAGAGCACAAAGUGUUGUGAGACAUUCUGGUGGUACGAAAAGGACUUUGUGUUUGGCUGAAGAAGUGCUGUGUGGUGGAGGAGAAGAAGAAUCUCUCUUCCUCAGGCCCAGAAUUUGUUGACGACCAAACGCUUAAGACAACUCAAGUGCAGAUCAAAUUGUCUCUCUCUCUUGUCUUCGGUUCAGUAAUUUCUCUACAUAUACUAAAAUAUCACCUCGAAUUUCUGUGACCUGCUUUUUUCCUCAACUCCCAGGCAAUUCAAUCAAGCACAUUAUUUAUUUUUCAUUUAUGAUAUAUUUCGAAAAAAGGCACACAUUUCCUUUUUGUGGCAAUUUCUCAGUGUAUCUCACAGUCGUGUAAUAUAUUUCACCUCUUAUUUAUUUAUUCAUUUGGUGCGUGGAAUUUUUGUGUGAUCAUAUUGUUAAAUGUUAGUGAGAAGAAAAGACACAGUGCUGGAAGGGAGGCUGUAGUGAAAGAGAUUGUGUAGUCAAAUGCACAAAGGAAGAAACAAGUGACGAAGGUGGGAAAGAACCUCACACAAGCACAAGAAGGAUUUCUUUGUCGAAUAGAAGAACACACGUCGGGUUAAUUCUCUUGAGAAAGGAAAAUCCACAUGUGAAGGAGGAAAAUUUUGUGCGUGAACAAAGAGAGAAAGAGAGAAGAAUUUAUUUUCGCCACAAGUGAGACACAGAUUGUCUUAUCACAACUUUGCCAACUUUGCUGCUCAACAGAGCCAACGAGAUAGAGAGGAGAAAAACUUGGUCUAACAGUGACGCCAAUUUCUUACCUGAGAAACUGCAUCAGUGAUUAACUUUCUGCUCUUCAUCAUCUUGCUCCGUGUGUGUUGAGAGAUCCCGCGAGAGGCUGAGUGAGAUGACAGCAUGCUGGAGUGUGUGAUGCAAUGAAGUGAAGAUAAGACAUGACGCCGAAUCCACUGAUUGUGAUCUUCUACACUCUCUGCUCGCACUUGCUCGGCCAAGUGGCCGCGCUGCCCGUGACAUCGAAGCCCCUGGCGAGCAAUCCGGAUCACCUGGCGUGGGAGGCAUGGCUCAGGGUGGACUCGCAGAAUCCCUUCCACAGCGACAUGACGCGCAAGAUCACGCCCAAGUCCAUCUUCAUCGCGCCCAACUUUCGCAAUGAGUCACUGCCGUGUCCGCCCGGCUUCAAGGUGGACCACCGUGGCCAGUGCAUCAGGGUGGUGAGCAUCGAUCCCAAUGAUCUGCUGGCCAACCGCCUGCAGUCCAUCCUCGCGUCCACCAAUCUGCAGGCCGAGGACGACGAGGUCUACGACUACGACGCCUACGACACCAGCGGCCCCUUCCAGGUCAACCUGCCGCUCUCCCUGGACGCCGAUUCGAAGCUGGAGCAGAGCGAGGAGGCCAGGAGGCCGCCGAUGGGCCUCAGCACCGACGACGACCGCCUCGAGGAGCAGCCCUCGAGCAUCCGAGAGAGCCAGCGAGAGACGACCACGAGCUUCGAUGAAGGAACGAAAUUCACCACAGAUAUGUCUCUAGCCUCGAGUGAGGAUGCGACGGAAAAUAUCACGGAAACGACAACGCUGGAGAGCUUCACGACCUCUUCCGCUGCUGAGGUUUCCUCAACGGAAAUGCUUGCCAAUGCGACGGAAUUCCUCGUGCUGGAGGAAAACACGACGCAACCCGCAGACUUGGAGGGAUUCUCCACGCCAGCUUUAGUCACUGAGGAGGAGGAGGAUCUGGAGAAUAGUACGCUUAGAGCGAAUGAGCUCGAGAGGGACGAAUUCCUGGACGUGAGUGCGACUGAGAGCACAGACAUGGAGGAGAGCACGACAGUGAGUGACGAGGCGAUCACGGAAGUGUUCACGCAGAGCACGACGACAUCACCAACCACGCAGACUGUGGAGCGAAUGCCCACGACGCUGAAGCCGCUGGAGGAGAAGCGCGUGGUCAUCAUUACGGAUAAGUUCAAGCCGAGUCGAAAGGAGUCCGUGCUGAUCGUCACGCCCAUCCCGAAUGUCUUCAUUUCCAGCACAGAAGUGCCGCUCAGCACGCAAUUCGAGGGUGACAAGGAGCUUCUGGGGCUGGCGGAUGAGAGCGAGACUGAGAAGAAGAUGCGGGAAAUGGUGAUUCAGCAGGAGCAGAAAGAUGCCGCCAUGGAGAAGAUUGAUGCCAACAAUCGCUUCGUCUAUCAUCAUCUCAAGAGUCCGACGACUGUUGCGCCUCAAACCACCAUUCCUUUCAGCACUGAGACGACAGUGGAGCCGUCGACGACGGAGUCUCCGGCAAGCAGGGUCAAUCACGUGCGCCGGACCACGACCAGACCGAGCAACCGGAUAAGAUUCCCGGCAGAGGAUGAGGAUGAGGAUUCGCCGGAGGAGUUCAAGGCGGACUUGAUCAGAUUCCCCGGACCGGCGUCGCAUCGCUUCGUGCCAAAUAUGAACCGACUCAUCCCUGAGUCACUCACGCGGAAGCCGGCGACGGUGGUGCCGAGUGAGCCGGCGCAGCGGAAGCACGCCUGGUAUCCGCCGGCGUGGGGCAGAAACGCCACGAAGCAGCAGAAGCCCGUGCUGAUGCGCUUCUGGUCGCGAAUGCCGCUCAUCCGCGACUCUUCCUUCACCGGGCGGCGCUCGCUGGGCCACCGGGAGAACUCCAAGAGUCCCUCCGACAGCCUGUACAAGGAAACGCCGCCGCAGGAUGUGUACAGAGUGAUCGGAGCGCGCCAGAAGAAACACACCGGCAGUUAAGUUGCGCGCGACUCACGCGCAACUGGACUUUCUCUUGUGCCAAUUUAUCAUCGCUCACGCUAUCAAAUAUCAAUUGCAUCCAAUACUGCACAACACAAGUCGACAGAGAGAUGCUGAGUAGUGACAUUUCCUGGUUUGUUUAGGGAAUUCUCCUCUUCAAUCGCACACGAUUUCGAUCUUUUUUUUGUUGAUAUAUUGAAGCCGCGCAGAACUGCACGAAGAGUAGCGAAUAUUGCGUAGAAAUUUGUGUAAGAUAAUGAAGUAUAAAGGCAAGAAUAUUGUUAGAGAAUACUUGAUAAGGUACUUAAAAAAAAGAGAAACUUGUCACACUUUAUGCAACAAAAAUCUCAAUUUAAUGAACACAAACCAGCAACAAAAUUCUUGGCGACAUUUUCUUGAGCUACAGAAGAACAUGAUAAAAAAAAUGUAGUUUUUAAUUCUGUGAUUAUCUAUAAUAGUAAUUAUUACAUUCACUUUCCUCAUGCAAAGUCAAGUCUUCUUCUUAAGUAGAGAUGAGAGAGAAUAAAAGGAAACACAUUACAAUUUAAUCCGCACACAGAUUUCGAGUGUUGAAAAUAUUAGAGAUGCUGUUAAAGUGAAAUCAGCGCAAAUUUUAGCUGUUAAUGAAGGUUAAUUUUACGUACAAAUUUUUUUUUUCAUUUUCAAAUUGUAUUUCAUUAAAAUUGUAAAUUUUCCUUUGCGUUUUAUUGAGAGGGGUUUUUUCUCCUUGGGUGAAAGACAUUCGGAGCGCAAUGUAAAAUCACGACUGAAGAAUUUAAUGCCAAUAAAUGCGUGACAUAAGAGCGAAUCUUCGUGCGAUUUUAUCACCCGAGCGAAAUACACAAAAGCAAUGCGUUGUUUUUGGGACGAAAGACAUCAUGAUGAUGUGUUACCGGUGAAAUUGAUUUGCAAAUUUACGAUAAAGGAAAAUCUUGAAUUCGCACUGACAGUGGUGCAAAGGGAAAUAGCACAGAGUGUGGGAGAAUUCACAGGAAAAUGAGAAGAAUCGGAAGAAUCAGGUCUUUAAGAAAAGAGAGAAAGUUAGGUUAUGUUGGCGAGUUAAGUAACUAUUUAACUAAUAUGACAGUAAUGUUUUUAUUAGAAAAUAUGAUGAGGAGUCGUUAGAGAGCUUUAUUGAGCAAUAUCAGAUGAAAAUCCAUAAAAUGAUUGAAUAAGUAUGUCUAGAUGUACUCAUAACCUCACUUUAUAUUCACACUUAACCUCAAAAUACAUCAAAAUCCACGUAAAUUUAUUUUCAGAAUGAAUUUUACAACAAGUUAAAUGACUCUUUAAACAACACUUUUGGUUUGAUUAAAAAAAAGUUUUGACAAUUUGUUGUUCAAAAAAUUAAAAAAAAAGGAAAAAUGUUUGGAUAUCUCUUCAGGACGAUCAGAUUCUGAUGGAAAAAGUGUGCCAAAAACAUUGAAGAAACUCUUGCGUGGACGAAGAUAGAGAAAACCUGUGCUAUUUCUCUCCUUGCCACUGUGAACAUCUGCGAAAGGUGAAUUGUGAGCCACGAGGAAGUAUAUUUUUUCUUGUAAAUAUGAUUUUUUCAGCAGCAUUGCGAACAAUGCCAAUUGAUUGAGUGUUAUUUAUUAUGCAGACUAAACAGUAUAUGUAUAAUUAUAUCGUAGGUACAUAAUUGCAAUUGAUAACAUAUAAUAUGCAAUGAAAAAGCGUCUCAAUAAAUGGAAA